GAAAUUAAGAACAUAGUAGAACAUCCGUCAGACAAGCAUGCAAGGUGUUCAUUUUCUUUUAUGUCUUCUGGUUUUGGGUUUGGCAUCCUCUUUUGCCUCUGCUUAUGACCCAAGCCCUCUGCAGGACUUCUGUGUCGCACUCAAAGACUCUGAAGUUAAAUCUGCUUUGUUCGUGAAUGGAAAGUUCUGCAAGGAUCCAAAGUAUGUUACUGCCAAUGAUUUCUUCUUUUCCGGGUUUGACAAGCCAGGAAACACAUCAAACCGUGUUGGUUCAAACGUAACUCAACUCAAUGUUGACAAAAUACCAGGACUGAACACUUUGGGCAUAUCCCUGGCUCGCAUUGACUAUGCACCAUAUGGUCUAAACCCUCCCCACACUCACCCUCGGGGCACCGAAAUCCUUGUAGUCAUCGAGGGUACUCUGGAGGUUGGUUUUGUCACUUCCAACCAGGACCAAAACCGCCUCUUCACCAAAAUCCUCAACAAGGGAGAUGUGUUUGUUUUCCCAAUUGGUCUCAUUCAUUUCCAGUUCAACAGGGGAUAUACCAAUGCAGUCGCCUUCUCUGGUCUCGGCAGCCAAAAUGCAGGAGUAAUCACCAUUGCUAACGCUGUGUUCGAUUCAGAUCCUAGUAUUAAUCCUGAUGUGCUCACCAAGGCCUUCCAAGUUGACAAGAAUAUCAUUGACUACCUCCAGAAGCAGUUUUGGGUUGACAACAAUAAUUAGACCCUAAUUAUAUUAUAUGAAGCAGCCGAAGAAUUCAUAAUCUAUAUGAAAACUUUUACUUUUUAAUAAGGAUUCGAAUAUUUUGUUUCCCUGUUGUUGGGACAUGUUUACUUUUACAUUUUAAUAAGGAUUGCUAUAUUUGUUUCCCUAUUGCCGGAUUCAUAUCCAUUUAUAGAAUAAAUAGAAUGUUGUUGUAAAAACUCUAAUUGAACUUUUUUUAGUUCCAAUUUGUUUAGCACUUUU